CUUUGGUUUUUUGUAACUACACGGGCAAACGUAUAAAAUGCAUCUUAGAUGCACAUCAGAAAUUAUUCUUACAGUUGUUACUUAACACAAGAGUCAAUUUUGUCAACGUUUUAAAGACAAUAAUAAAUUAAUUUAUUUUUUUAAAUAAAUCUUAUACAGGAAAUAUUUUAUCCUUUAAAUAAACAACAUGAAAUUGAUGCUAGUCUUUGGUUUAUUCGCUUUUGUUGCUUGCACAUUGGCUGCUCCUCAAAAAGAUGUGGAAAUUAUUUCUCAAAAUAGUGAUGUGAACAUUGACUCCUACAAGUUUGAUUUUGCCACCAGUGAUGGUACUUCACGCACUGAGGAAGGUGUUAUCAAAAAUGCCGGUACCGACAAUGAAGUUUUAGAGGUAAAGGGCAGUUUCACCUGGACUGCUCCCGAUGGUCAAACCUAUACAGUUAACUUUAUAGCCGAUGAAAAUGGUUUCCAACCUGAAGGUGCCCAUAUACCAAAAUAGACCAAACACUAACUUACCGCAUAAAAAAAAAUAUCUAAUUAAAGAAAAACAAAUCA